AUGAGCUCCGAGGCCAAUGACGACGCUGCUUUUUGCAAACUCGUUACUGAUCUUCGUCUCAAUGACCAGCCUCCCAAAGCCAAGACCGGGAAGAAACUCGCACCGUCACCCUUUGCCAGCAAGGCCUCGAAGGUCAAGAAGAACCCUCUGUUCGAAGCCAAACCUCGGAAUUUCGGAAUCGGCCAGGACAUCCAACCCAGCUCUGAUCUUACUCGUUUCGUCAAAUGGCCCGAGUACAUCCGUCUUCAGCGCCAGAAAGUUAUCCUCCACCAACGCUUGAAGGUCCCUCCUGCCAUCGCUCAGUUCUCGCACACCCUCGACAAGAACACUGCGACACAGCUGUUCAAGCUACUCAACAAGUACCGUCCUGAAACCAAGGCCGAGAAGAAAGCCCGCCUCACAGAGACUGCUGCUGCCGUUGCUGAUGGCAAAGAUGCUUCCAAGGACACCAGGAAGCCGCUUUUCGUGAAAUACGGUCUCAACCACAUCGUGGCACUGAUUGAAGCCAAGAAAGCCUCGCUUGUCGUUCUCGCUCAUGAUGUUGACCCCAUCGAGCUCGUUGUUUUCCUACCCGCGUUGUGUCGCAAGAUGGGUGUGCCCUAUGUCAUCGUCAAGGGAAAGGCACGCCUCGGCACCGUUGUCCACAAGAAAACCGCUGCUGUCGUCGCUCUCCAGGACGUCAAGAGCGAGGAUGCACGGGAACUUGCUACUAUUGUCAGUGCUGCCAAGGCCAAUUUUUCCGACAAGUACGAGGAGCAGCGUCGUCAAUGGGGUGGAGGUGUUCGUGGAAACAAGUCCGCUGCCAUGCUGCGCAAGCGUGCCAAAGCCUCUGGUCAGUCCAUCACUGCCGCUCAAAUUGGCAAGCUAUAA